AUGGAUAUUGAUACUCAGGAACAACAGUUGCAAAAACAAUUUGAGCAACAGAAAUACGACGAAAAACAACAGUUGCAACAUCAACAGCAGCAACAGCACUAUUUCAAUGCUCCAAAUAUUCAACAAUCGCAACAAGGACAAACAUCCACCAAUGAUUAUAAUCAAUCUUUAUUGUUUCAACGGUCUUCUGUAUCAAAGGGUAAGUACACUUUAAAAGAUUUUCAAAUAAUGAGAACCUUAGGUACCGGUUCCUUUGGUAGAGUUCAUUUGGUUAGAUCGGUUCAUAAUAAAAGAUAUUAUGCUAUUAAGGUCUUGAAGAAACAACAAAUUUUUAAAAUGAAACAAAUUGAACAUACAAAUGAUGAAAGAAAAAUUUUAAAAAUAGUAGAGCAUCCAUUCUUGAUUCGAAUGUGGGGUACUUUCCAAGAUUCUAGAAAUUUGUUUAUGGUUAUGGAUUAUAUUGAAGGUGGUGAAUUGUUUUCAUUAUUGAGAAAGUCACAAAGAUUUCCAAACCCUGUAGCAAAGUUUUAUGCUGCUGAGGUAAUAUUAGCGCUUGAUUAUUUACAUUCUCAUAAUAUCAUUUACCGUGAUUUAAAACCAGAAAAUAUUUUGCUAGACCGGAAUGGUCAUAUAAAGAUUACAGAUUUUGGUUUUGCCAAAGAAGUCUCGACUGUCACCUGGACCUUAUGUGGUACUCCUGAUUACAUUGCCCCAGAAGUCAUAGCAACCAAACCUUACAAUAAAUCAGUUGAUUGGUGGUCAUUGGGUAUCUUGAUAUAUGAAAUGCUAGCAGGGUAUACACCAUUCUAUGAUACUACACCAAUGAAAACAUACGAAAAAAUUUUACACGGUAAAGUUAAUUAUCCAUCCUUCUUCCAUCCUGAUGUGAUAGAUUUAUUAGCAAGACUGAUCACAGCUGACUUGACAAGGAGACUGGGUAAUUUGCAGAGUGGAGCAGAAGAUAUAAAAUCGCAUGCAUGGUUCAGUGAAGUAGUUUGGUCAAAACUACUUGCAAAAGAUAUAGUAACUCCAUAUGAACCUCCAAUUCAAUCGGAAGUCGGUGAUUCAUCUUUAUUCGACCAAUAUCCAGAAGAACAAUUAGAUUAUGGUAUACAAGGAGAAGAUCCAUACGUUCAAUACUUUACAGAUUUUUAA